AAAAAAAGAAAAAAGGAAGAAACACAAAACUCUUGUCACGGGGUCACAUUAGUAUUGGUCAGCAAAGCAACACAGAGACACUGGCAAUUAUGCUUUGAACUCUAAAGUGACAAAAGCCCACCUGACCAUUUUUCCCAGUUCAUCUCUACCUCCUCCUUCUAACACGCGCACCGCUUACCCUUCACACUAACCUGCGCACCCUUGCCCUUAAUGGUCUGGUUGUUGGUGUAGUUGUAUACUCAUAAACAUAGACACUGGAAAAACUACUCACUUCUGUCUCGUGGAGUGGCCCAGAAAUAGUGUCUGUACUCUGUCAUUUUCUUGUUCAUGAUUUGAGCUGCUUUGCUGGCAUUGGAAGUAGGGAUGCAUUUUGGGUGAUGAUAGCAGAUUCAGGAUUUGGAGGUGUUUGAUGUGGCAAGAAUGAUGAAUUAAUGGUGAAAAGGACAAGUUUUCUGGGAUACUUGAAAUUCACUAAGAGAAGAAACUAUUUUGUUGCUGAACUUGCCAAUCUGGCAGAAUGGGUGGUGUUGCAUCAAGGAUUAACAAGGAAGAAAAGGUUCGGGUUUGCAAGGAGAGAAGGAAGCUAAUGAAGCAGUUGGUGAGGUUUAGAGGUGAAUUUGCAGAUGCCCAGUUGGUUUAUUUGAGAGCAUUAAGGAAUACUGGAGCAACACUAAGACAAUUUACAGAGUCUGAGUCAUUGGAGCUUGAAACUACUACUUAUGGCUUGCCACCAUCACCGCCACCCCCUUUGCCCCCUUCCCCUCCACCACCACCUCCUCUCAGCCCUGACUUGAGAAAGUUGGAUAAUGAUCGGAAAGAAGAAGCUGGCCUAGAAAAAAGCAGGGAAAUUAUGGAGGAUGAUGUCAGUACCCCACCAGACUCAUCAUCUUGGGACAUUUUUGGUUUGUCUUCACCGCAUUAUCAGAGACAUGAUGAAACAGUGGAGCCACAUGACGAGGAAAAGUGGGCAGAGACUAAUUCGGAAUUUGUGGAAGACGAACAGGAAGAGGAAACUGUUGCAAAUGUUGUGAGUAUGCUGCCUAAGAAACUGCAGCUCGAAGAAUCGGUUGAGGAUAAUUCAUCGACAAUGAGGUGGCCAUAUCCUAAGGACUCUGCAGAUACAACCAUGGUACUAUGGAAAAGCAAGAGGACCUUGGAGAGUAUAGCUAAGGAGUUGGAUGAUUAUUUUCUGAAAUCUUCAGCUGGUUUAAAGGAAAUUGCUAUUCUUAUGGAAAUCAAAGGCAGGGAUACAGUUCUGCUACAGAGUACUUAUGAAAACAAAAGGAAGAGGUGCAAUUCUGCAAAGGUCUUUAGUGCAUUGUCAUGGAGCCGAUCUGCUAGGGCACUUCAAUAUUCAAGAGAUGCUGUUGAGUCUAGUGGUCCUAGUGAACCUUGCAGGCCAGGAGCUCAUUGCAUCACUCUCAGGAAGUUAUAUGAAGCAGAAAAUAAACUUUACAAGGAGAUUAAGGAGGAAGAGCUUACCAAACUAGAAUACGAGAGGAAAUCCAAAUUACUGCAAAAACAAGAGGAUGAAAACCUGGAUUGCAGCAAGAGUGAGAAAACUCGGUUUAGUGUUGAGAGUUUGGAGGCUGACAUCUUAUGUCUUCAGCAGUCCAUCAGCAGUACUCGUUUUUCUAUAGUGAAGCUCAUAGAUGAUGAGCUGUAUCCUCAGUUGUGCACAUUAAUUUCCGGACUUUUGCACAUAUGGAGAACGAUGCAUGAAUGCCACCAAGUUCAGAAUUUUGUUUCUCAGCAGUUGAAUAAUCUUACUGAUAUUCAUAAGAUUGACUUGAGCACCACCUAUCAUUGCCAAGCAGCAAUUCAACUAAAGUCUGAGGUAUCUUGUUGGAACAACAGCUUUUCUGAAGCCAUAAAAUCGCAACAAGAAUAUGUCAGAACUCUUUGCAGGUGGAUCCAACUCAUUGAUAAUCCUGUGGAUGAUCAUCCACAGAGUUUGUACUCUUCUGCUGUUCGUUGCUUGUGUGACCAAUGGCAGCUUGCCCUUGAUAGAUCACCAAGUAAGGAAGCAGCAGAGGCCAUCAAGAGCCUUCUAUCAGCCAUCCACAGAAUUUGUCUGCAGCAAGAAGAGGAGCACAAUCUGCAGAAGAAAUCCGAAAAACUCGAGAAGAGGCUGCAAAAGGAGUUGUAUUCAUUAGCUGACUUGGAGAAAAAGAUGGAGCUCAGCUUCACCGAUGGAGAUGCGUGCUCGGACCUAGGCCCUAAGCAUCCUUUCACAAUAAAGAGGGAUAAAACUGAAGCCUUGAAGAAGCAAGUGGAAAUUGAGAAAGCCAGAUAUCACAACGCAGUCCAGGUCAGCAAGAACCUGAUAUUGGACAAUCUGAAAACAAGCCUUCCCAAGGUGUUCCAAACAUUGAUGGCAUUUUCUGGUGCUUAUGUUCAGGGCAUUGAGGCUAUAUCUAGUGACACCAAGCCAGCAGAGAGUUCUGAUGGUGAAGUUCAAACCUUAUAGAAUCAAUAUUUUUCUCUCAGAAAUACGGAGAUGAAGUGGAGGCUAUGGGUUAUCACAGUGGUUAAAGAUAUUGCUGAAGAUUAUUUUAGAUGGGCGGAUCUAAUUGCUUUUGCGAGGGAGGAAUGUGUUAUACUGCUCAACCAUUUCUGCCCUAAGAAACUCUAAAGAGGAUGUUUGUAAUUCAAACCUAAGUAAAUAUUUUGGUCAA